UUGCCAGACAGACGCGGCUGUAACCCGGCCAGCCGCUGACCACUCGGCACCAUGAGUUCAUCAUUGCAAUAUGAAUUGAAAACUGUGCGUAGAAGACGCGCGCUAUCGGCUAAAAUUUAGCCGCGGCGAGUUCCAGCUGCAGACUCGUCCGCGAAAUGGAGGCGACGCCACGACCUCCGCAGCGCUGGCCGGGCUCUGACAUUGUGUUUGAAGCCCGACGCCGGCUUGAGGUGUAUUCGGCGGACUGGCGGGACGGCUUCAGGGUCCGGGCGAGAAUCCUGGCCCCCUCAACCUACAUCUUCCUGGCCUCGCUGCUGCCUGCGCUGGCCUUCGGUCUGCAGCUAGACAGCGACACCGAGGGUGUGUUGGGUGUGGUGCAGGUCUUGGCCGCCACCGCCAUCACCGGUGUGGUGCAGGCGGUGGUGGGUGGCCAGCCGCUGUUGAUCGUGGGCGUGGCGGAGCCGGUGGUGCUUAUAUACGGCUUCAUGUACGACUGGGCGGAGGGGCAGCAGGGGCUGGGCCGAGGCCGCUUCCUGGCCUGGGCGGCCUGGGUGUGCGUGUGGACGGCAGUCAUGGUCCUGCUGCUGGCUGCCUCGGGCGCGUGCCGCUGGGUGGGCGCCUUCACACGCUUCAGCGGGGAGCUGUUCGGCGGCCUCAUCGGGGUGCUGUUCCUGCAACAGGCGAUCAAGGGCCUCAUCGCGCAGUUUCGACUGGACCCUAACGCAUCGCACUCAGGCGAGGAGUCAGCCGCGGCGGAUGCCUACGUGUGGCGGCUGGUGAACGGGCUGUGGUCGCUGCUGCUGGCGGCGGGCCUGCUGCUGGGCGCGCUGGCGGUGGUGCGGGCCAGGAGCUGGAGGUUCCUGAGCAAGCCGCUGCGGGGCCUGCUCGCCGACUACGGCGCCCCCGCCUGCGUGCUGGUGUGCACCGGCGUCUCGUUCGCCGUGUCGCCGCAAGCACACGGCGCCGCGCCGCCCGGCGUGCCGCGCCGCGUGUCCACAGGCGACGUGUGGAGCGGCAGUAGCAUCGACGGCAGCAGUAGCAGCAGUGGCUGGCGCGUGGCUGCGCGGAUGGGGGAGGUGCCUGGGACCUACAUAGCGGCGGCGCUGCUGCCGGCGUUUGUCAUCGCUGUGCUCUUCUACUUUGACCACAGCGUGUCCAGCCUCAUGGCGCAGCAGCCCGAGUACCGCCUGGCCCGCCCACCCGCCUUCGCCCUGGACCUGGCGCUGCUGGCCGCCAUGACGCUCGGCUGCGGCCUGAUGGGACUGCCGCCCGUGAACGGAGUGCUGCCGCAGGCGCCCAUGCACACACGCAGCCUGGCCACACUGGGCACACGUGGGGUCAAGGGCGCGGCCGGGCGGCAGCCGGGCCCGGCGGCGGAUGAGGAUGAGGUGGAGCGGCGGCACAGCAGCGGAGUGGAGCCGGCAGCGGCACCUACCGCCAACGGCAACAGCAACAGCGCAGUCAAUGGCGUAGUCAAUGGCGCCAUCACAGCCGCGAUGCACUUUCCCACCGCGGCUGUGGAGCUGGCGGCUGCGUCAGCGCGGCUGCGGCCCCGCCGCCACCCGCCCGCCGCAGCACCUGCGGCUGUAGCAGCCAGUGGUGGCGGUGGUGGUGGUGUGGGCAGUGUAGGUGGCGUCAUUACUGACGUGGCAGCUGGUGGGGUGCGGCAGCCCUCUACUCGAGUGGACGGCCCUCAUCUUGGCCCGCCGCCGGGUGCAGCCCUGCCCGCGGCCCUGGCGUCGCGCCCUCCCUCCCACCUGGCGCAGCAGCCCUCGCCGCCCGCCGCCUCAGCCGCCGCAGCCCUCAGGCCGCAGCGGCUGGGCAGCAGCGGCAGCGGCCAGGGCGGCCAGGGUGCCGCGUGUGCGGGGCAGGCGGGGUGCAGGCUGGGAUGGCAGGGCGCAGCAGGAGAAGGCGCAGAAGGCGGCGACGGCGGCGCUGGCGAUGCAGGGCAGCCGGCCGCGGCGGCGGCACGGCGGCGGCUGUUGAACGGCCGCACGUCUACGGAGGACGCCGCGGCGGAGCAGGAGGCCUACCGUGGUGAGGCCGCGGUGGGGCGCGGCAAUCCUGCUGCAGAGAUGCCGCACGGGACAGAGGGCAUAUGUAGAGGCAGCACCAGCGCCCCACCAUCGCUACUACCACGACUGCAACAACAACAGCAGCAGCAGCAGCAGCCGCCAGGGGUGCCGCCAGCCCGCGGCACGGCUCUGCCGCUGUGCGUGCUGGAGCAGCGGCUGAGCGGGCUGCUGCAGUCGCUCGGGGUAGCGGCGUGCCUGUUCGCCACGCCCGCCAUCCGGCAAAUACCGCAGGCGGCGCUGUGGGGCUACUUCGCCUUCAUGGCCGUUGAGUCGUUCCAGGGCUCACAACUGGUCGACCGCGUGCUGCUGCUCCUGACCGACCCCGCCCGCCGCCCCGCGCUGGCGGCGGCGGGGCCGCACGCGCCCUACCUGGAGACGGUGCCCUUUGCCGUCACCGCGGCCUUCACGGGGCUGCAGGUGUUGCUGCUGGCGGGCGUGUGGGCGCUGGUGACGUGGGCGGGUGUGGCGGGCGUGGCGUUCCCCUUACCCAUCAUGGCGCUGGUGCCGCUCAGGGCCUUCGUGCUGCCCAGGCUGUUCCGGCCCGAGCACCUGCGCGAGCUGGAUGCGGCCGAGUACGAACAGGUGCCACCCGCGCCCCCGCCCCCUGCACUGCCGCCCCCGGCCCUGCUGGGGUCUCUGUCGCCGCCUCUGUCGCCCCUGGGCUCCACAGCCUCGGCGCCUGGCAGACCAGGGGCAGCAGCAGAGCUGGGGCAGCCGACGGAUGAGGUGCCAGGGCUGGGUGGGUUGCUGGCGGGUGGUGGCGGGGCGCCGCUGUCACCGACUGGCGGCGCGGCGGCGAUGGUGGCGGCAGGGACGCAACCGGCGGUUGAGGUGGAGGCGGGUGAAGGGGCUGGGGCAGGGGCUGGAGCUGGGGGCGGACUUGAGCCCCUGGUUGCGGUGGUGGUUAGCGGCAGUGGCAGUGGGCGCGGCAGGCAGCUGCAGCCUCACACCGAUGUUCUUGCUACAGCCGGCUCGGGGGAUGCUGCCGGAGGGGGCGCCACAGCAGCCGCAGGCGCCCUGGACUGGGAGGCGGAGCGCGGGCUGAUCGAGUCGGAGCACGUGGGGGUGCAGCCCGUGCACCACCUCACACGCAGCCAGCUCAGACAGCGAAUGGCGGCGGGGGCACCAGCGGGGGUGGAAGCUGGAGUCGGUGCGACGGGGCAGCAUGCCGGCGGGUAGAGGAAGCAGAUGCAGAGGCAGCUGGAGCCGGGACGCAAGUGAGGAUGAGGCAGGUGGAUGGCUGGUUACAGGCCGUGAGUGCAUGUGUGCGGGUAUGGGAAAGUGGGGAAGAUUAUGUGGGUGGAUGGACGCGAGCGAAUGAGAAUUGCUGCAUCUGUGCACGAGAGCUGUUGGGGUGUUGUCCGAAUGGAAGAAAACCGGCGGCCGAUGAAGGCGCGGUGAAGCCAAUAAUGCGUCCUGAUCUGUGAAAGGGAUCGGUGGGGGUCCAUUGAUCAUGCAGCAUCUGAAACUAUCUGAAACAACAAUCCUGAACAAACAACUCAACCCUUUCGAGCGUACACAGUUGAAUGUGGUUGCAGCUGGGGUAGCUGGGCCCUACUGCUGUUGCUUGUGUAUAGUAGGGUACAGUGCACGCGCGUGUUGUGGAAUCAUAUGGUUAGCUCUACGUUGUGCUCUUUCAUUAACUGUUGCCUCUCGUGGUGCGCGUCUCGGUGGCUCAAGGUGAAUUUGCUCUGAGUGAAGGUUUAAUGCACCGGCACAGGCAGGACAUGGACGAAACGCCGAGGGCGGGCGACUCUUGACCCUGGCUCGCCAGU